GACACUGUUUGCGUCGUCUUCUAAAUCGCAAAUAAAAAGUAAAAUUUAUUAAAGAAAAUAGCACAAAAGAAAAAUAAAACACAAAUUUAGAAAUGAGUUCAAAAGUAUUAUUCGCAUGCUCCAAAUGUUUUUCUCGGCACCCAUACGAAGAACUUUCCUCGGGCCAGCAGCUUUGCAAGGUGUGCCGUGGUUCUACCUCAGUUGUUAAAUGUACUUACUGCCGCUCGGAAUUUCCCUCCACCUCCAAAUCACAGAGUGCCUGUAAAAAAUGCGAACAUUAUUUGAGUAAAUAUGGCAAGCCCACCGCCUGUGAGUGCUGCAAAAUCGUUGCCGCCUUCGGCAGUUCCAAAUGCAUGAGAUGCGCCAGCUACGAAGCUAAGUACGGACCGCCCACACAAUGCGACGAGUGCAAGCUGCGAUCGGCCUUUGACAGGCGCGACGAGAACAAAAAGGUCAAUGGUAAAGUACUGUGCUGGCUGUGUACCUGUGCGUAUAAGCGUGCUCUGCUGAAAGCGCAGCAGGAGGGCCGAAUAUCCAUGUCUAAGAAGCGACCACAUGAGAAGUCCUCGUCAACCGCGCAUAGAGAAGGUCACGCGUCCGCCAAGAAAUCAACACGCGGUGGAGACAUUUCCAAAGGCACUGGCAACAUCAAUACCAGCGGUGUGACCUCAGUUAGCGGUGUCGGCUUGGAUCUACCCGACAAGAUAUCGCGCGGCAAUAGCGGUAACGGCACAAUUGCUGCACCAGCUGCCAUCACAGUGGACACAAACUCGUCGGAUCACGUGGUAGCCAUUACAUAUCUGAAGGAGCGCAUUGCCAGUCUGGAGAAGCGCUUGAAUCAAAAAGACAAAGAGCUCCUGGAGAAGGAUAAGCAAUUGACAGAGCUGAAGGGCAAAAACUUCGAAAAGGAGAACGAGAUGCGCAACAGGCUGAAGGAGGUUGAGCGGCUGCAUGACAUGAAAGUUGACAAUUUGAAUCGUAAGGUUGCCAGCCUUCUGAAAGACUUGGCUGUUAUGAAGAAGAGCAACAACAAAAAGGGCGGUGGAGUCGGCGGCGUCACCAAAGCUGAAAAGGAAGCAAUCAAACGCGAGAACUUAUCGCCUAAAGAAGAACUUGUUGCUGUUCCUGCGCCCGAUAAGCAAAGCAAGCGAGAGCCAGAACGUGAUCUGGACAAGGAUGAAAAGAGUCGCGAUCGUGAUGAGGAGCGCAGCGACCAGGACCGUGGUAGCGUGCACUCUCGCUCAGGUUCCAGCAGUCCAUCGUCGAACUGAACGCACACUUAACCCAACGAGCAUCAUUCACACACACUGGCACAAACGUUCUACAGUGCAGUGUAUUUGUUGUAAUGAUUUUUAGUUUGUCGCUAUACACAUUUAGACUAUUACAUAUAUUCUUUAAUUGUAACAUAAUUAUUACAAUAUUGUUUUAUACCAUUUCUUAUGACACCACAUUUCCACAAACUCAAACUGUUUUCAUCCUUUUCGUUCUGCUUUCAUUUCAUGGUAUUCACCAAUUAGAAAAUGUAAUUAUAUAGGCUCAACUUAAUAAAAUGUUCUUUAGUUUAAUUUGCCGGAUGACACACAAAACGAAAGCAUUGUUUAUAAACUUAAGAAAU